UGCAGCUACGUCUGUCUAGUCUCCGCGCUAUGAUUUGGCCAACACUCUUGCUUGUCGCUGGGAUCCUUCUCUUAUUCGUACUGGUUUCUAAACGCUCAAGGUCAGAGAAAGAGCCACCAUUAGACAAUGGCGUUGUUCCUUGGUUAGGGCAUGCUCUGGAGUUUGGAAGGGAUGCUGCCAGGUUUUUAACCCGUAUGAAAGACAAGCACGGUGAUAUCUUCACGGUACGUGUGGCUGGGCGCUACGUGACCGUGCUGCUGGACCCAUGUUCUUAUGAUGCUGUCAUAGAGGACCCUUUGUCCCUGGACUUCACACGCUACGCACAGAUUCUCAUGGACAAGAUCUUCAGCCUGCGGCUCCCCCAUUCCAACCCUGCUGCAGAGAAGUCCAUGAUGAUACAGCACUUUAAUGGCAAAAGCCUGUCCUCUCUGAGCAACACCAUGUACCGCCACCUCCAGUCUCUGCUGUUCCAACAGACCCAGAGGGCAUGUCACAACCAGACAGACUGGAACACGGACAGGCUCUUCAGCUUCUGUUACAGUCUUCUCUUCAGGGCAGGAUACCUCUCACUUUUCGGAGGGGAGCAGAACAACAACAGAACAGAUCCCACUGAUGUCUAUGAGGAGUACCGGAAGUUUGACAACCUCCUGACCAAAAUGGCCAGGUCCACACUGAAACGAGAGGAAAAGAGGACUGCCCAGAGUGUGCGGAGACGUCUGUGGGAGCUGUUGGCCCCAGCCGGGUUGGGUGAGGACUCAGGAUCCAGCCCCUGGCUGAGACGCUACAGGCAUCUCCUGCAGGAGGAGGGAGUUGACGAGGAGACGCAGAGAAGAGCUCUUCUCCUGCAGCUCUGGGCCACACAGGGCAAUGUUGGACCUGCUGCAUUCUGGCUCUUGGGUUUCCUGUUGACAAACCCUGAAGCCAUGAGGGCAGUGAGGAAGGAAUUCAGCUCUAUUUCAGAGCAGGGCUUGGCACAAUGCCCCCUACUGGACAGACUACAGCAUACGCCUGUAUUUGACAGUGCCUUAGAGGAAACACUGAGGCUCAGUGCUGCCCCCUUCAUCACCAGAGAGGUCGUGCAGGGAAAGACCCUUCAAAUGGCAGAUGGCCAAGAGUACCAGCUCAGGAGGGGGGACAGACUGUGUCUUUUUCCCUUCAUCAGCCCUCAGAUGGACCCUGAGGUCCACCAGGAACCACAGAACUUCAAGUACGACCGUUUCCUCAACCAGGACGGCUCUGUGAAGAAGGACUUCUUUAAACGAGGGCGACGACUCAAAUACUACACCAUGCCAUGGGGUGCAGGCACCAAUGGCUGUGUGGGCAAGCAUUUUGCUAUCAGCUCCAUCAGACAGUUUGUGUAUCUGGUGCUGUCCCAUCUGGAGCUGGAGCUUUGUGACCCCGACCCCCAAAUGCCAAAGGUGAAUGCAAAUCGCUACGGGUUUGGAGUGUUGCAACCUGAAGGAGACCUCACCAUCAGAUAUAAACCUAGACAUUCACAUUAAAGAGAUAAUUUCAGCAUUCAAAUUCAUUAUAUUAUGCCUACUUUUAAGGUUACUCUUGUCACAUUAACAGUGCUUUCAUUUUAUGGUAAACUUUGUUUUAUUUUUUCAAUUUCUUCUUGCAAAAGAAACAGAACCUCAACAUGUUUUUAAUAAUACGGUUUGAAAUUUAUCAACUACAAAAGCCACUGAACUGAAGUGUCUCACUUGUCUCUGUAAACAUACAUACACUUUUUUUUUCAACUAUUCAUUUUUAGUACUCUUAAAUUAUCAAGGAAAACAUAACCUGUAUGUAAAUAUUAAGUUAUUAUUUUUAUGAAUCACUGCCAUUUUUUUUGUAUAAAAAAAAUAUGUAUUAACCAGGUUUUCAAAAUCAGACGCUAGUAAUAGAAAGAAUUUGGAAUAUAAUUGCCUGUUCUACUAAGCACAGAGGUUAAGAGUAUCAUUGUGUCCCCCUGUCUAGUUGUUGCAUGCUUCAGUGGUUGCGUGCCACUUUAUUGACUGAGUCUUUGAUUUACCCAUUGCUAAGACAUGUGGUAGGCCGAUACUUAACACCUAACCUGGCAUUUUUACAUCUGCCAGUUGUCAGCAGCAUCUAAGCAGAGGAACCUGCCUCAAAAUAACAUGGUAGGCUGUAGUUUUUGCUUUGGAAGUUUGUCCUAUUAGGUUCAGUUUCAUCAUAAAAUUGCAUUUAAUCAAUUCAACAUCCUGUCACACAUUCUAAUACCACGUCCUGUGUGGUGUAGCCAACUGUCCUUAACCAGACACUUUCUGCUCAUUUCAAAAUGUUAAUUCCAUAUGUUUGUAUAAAGUGUCAUAUCUAUUUUUCUAUCAGCACAAAUGUGUAGUGUAAUGUGUUAUUUAUCUUAAAUAUAAUAUAUAUAUUUACAUUUGAAGUGUAUAUAUAUUUUUUAUUUUUUGGUUUGUUAAAUAAACUGCUCAAAAAACUUGAGGAAACAUGUAAUCAUCACAGUAUAACACCAAGUCAAUUAAACUUCAGGGAUGUCAAACUGUCCAGUUUGGAAACAUAAGCGAUUGUGAAUCAAUGUCACCUGUUUUGGUGCAAAUGAAAGUGACAACAUCAAGACAA